GUUCUCCAUCUCACACUUGCGCUCUUUCUCUGCUUUGAUACAGACCCCUUUUCUACCAGUUUCCUUUUGGCGUUAUAAUCUCCUUUUGUUUAUUUGAUCAUGCCACACAGACAUAUCGAUACUACUAAAGCAGCGUGGUUAUAUCCCCUGCGGGGCAUUUAUUACUUUGCGUCGCAUCGCUACCUUUGGCCUCUUUUCAAGACUCGUCUAAUUCCGAUCGUUCUCCUGUCCGCUUUCAUCUACGUCCUGCUCUUCCUGUUUGCAUAUUUGCCUCAGGUGGCUUUCCUGUCCAUCUUCCAGGGUGUCGGGGCCUGGAUCAAUGGCGCGUUCCUGGUUCUAGGAGAGGGGGCGGCCAUUGUUGCUGCUCUCUUUGAAGCCUUCUUCGUUGAUGAGACCCUCGUGGACAUCUUCGAUUCGGUGCUCGUGAGUGAGGGUCAUGGCGAACUCGUCACCAUGUCAAGGGUUUUGUACCCCCAGGGCGAUGAUGUCGUCAAACGGCUCGGCAAGCCCACCAAGAGCGCCGUUUAUGCACCGUUUUCUCUACGGCAAAUCCUGGAAUUUAUUGUGCUUCUACCGCUGAACUUUAUUCCGGUGGCUGGAACACCCAUGUUCCUCGUGCUGACCGGCUACCGGGCGGGCCCCUUCCACCAUUGGCGAUACUUUCAGCUGUUGGAUCUUUCGAAACAGCAGCGCAAAGAAAGGAUUCGCCGCAGACAAUUGCAAUACACCACGGAACCCAGAUUUGGGACGGUGGCCCUAAUACUUCAGUUGAUCCCCAUUUUGUCCAUGUUCUUCCUGAUGUCAACCGCGGUUGGAUCUGCUCUGUGGACGGUGGAUCUUGAGAACAAGCGCGAUCUUUUGGGCAGGAGGCCCGGGCGAGAUCCCGAAGGUCUCUACCGCGACGAUUACAACGAUGAUGAUGCUAUGAUUUAG